AUGUGCGAGUACAAUGCCCUCAACGCCAACGCGUUUGCGUAUCCCGCCGGGCCUCAAAACCCCAAGGCCGGCCGCAACUCCGUGGACGAGCUGCUGAUGACUGCCGCCAGGGAGAGUGCAAACGCGCCGAACCGGGCAUUGAAGCGACGUGUCCGUCAACGCUUGCACAAGAAGCUAGGCGCCAUAUUGACGCUGGAAGAGUUUGAAAGCGCAAAGGAACGCUUCAGAGCCAUGGAGGAGCAGCAAUCAGCGCGAGCGACUAGCACUGCAAUUUCUGCAAGCUCGCUUCCUUCGCAAAUUCCGCCUCCAAGUGGAUAUGAAGUGCUGGCCAUUCAGUGUCGAGAGUGUGUCGAGACCGUGGUAGAUAGUGAUCUGUCGGGCGCAAUGAUGGCCAUCAGAGCUCUUUGCUUGUUGCUGCAGCUGGCUGCCGUCUCUGCGUCGCGUGACUGGCUGGCUCCCUUCCGGCGGCUGCAGGUCAGCGCUCCCAUGGUGGUCCAUGUCAUCACAGACCCAGCUAAGAAGCAUCCCGUGCUGGAAGUUGCGGCGGACUCCAUGGGCCUUGGAUGGACAGUGCAGUCCCAGGUUCAGGUCAUGACCUUCGGAUCCACCCUCCUUUUGGGUAUGGAUGACCGGGCCGUCAGGCAACAUUUCGCUUGGCCCAAGGGUGGCCAGAUUGCAAACCUCACCGUGCCGGAGACACUCGAAGCCGUCGCCGUCACUGGCGGUGCUGAUGUUUGGGUGGACAACGUCACGGGAGGCCUUGCAGCAGAUGGAAAGAGCAAUCUGACAGUGGGACGCAUGGAGGCGAAUCCAAAUAUCUCACACUUCAUCCUUGCAGACGAUGCCAACAUUACCAUCAUCUCUGGCGUGAUUGGAGAUGCCGUUGUCCAAGCUUGGAGCGGUGGCAAGGUGAACUUGGAGGGGAGCGACAUUGCUGGGACUCUUAGCAUCAAGGUCGAUCCGAACUCCUCCGUCCUCAUUCUUCCACCGGCUCCGGCAUCCACGAAGCCGGUGAAGGGCAACGCCACGGCCAACAGCUCAACAAAUGCCACAGCCAACAUCUCGACUGGUGUGCCGAACAGCACCGUGCAUGCAGCGAAUGGGACCCAGAAACCUGCAGCGAAUGCGACGAAGCAGGCAGACUACGCAACGGUGGUCAUCCCAUAG